AUGGAUUCGAACACCCAGCACGGCGGCCAUACCAACGGCGUGCUGCAGUCAAAGGAGGAGGGCGCAUCCGCUUCCCCUAAUCGCAUUGCCCACACCCUCACGGCCUGCUGCCGCUGCCGCACGCGCAAGACGCGAUGUGAUCCUGGCCUACCCCGCUGCGGUCCAUGCGAGCGCACCAAUUCUCACUGCGAAUACUACGACCCCGCCAAGAGCACAAAGAUCCCCCGCAACUACGUUGUACACCUGCAGCACAAGGUGCGCGAGCUUGAGAAGCAGCUUGCCGAUUUGGAGAAGGAUGAUGGCGAGCCGGACCAAGAGGAUGUGAUGCGGGGGGCGGCCGCUGUCAAGGUGCAAGACACAGACGAGUCCAAGUUUCUCGGGCCCUCGAGUGGCAUCACCAUCACGCGCCUGGUCAUGCAGCUGGCGAAGCAAUUCACCGAUUCGAAGAGCAUCUCGGAAAUCGUCCCAGAUGCGCGCGCGAAGACCAUAAAGGCGGCCUUUGAUCAGGAAGAUGCCCGGCCAACGUCAAAGGUUUAUCCGCUUGUGAGCGAUGUAGCGGCUGAAGACCUGCCCAAUAGAGACCUGACGAAUUUGCUCGUAGAACUGUUCUACUGCAAAGUCCAUGCCAUGUACCCUAUCUUCCACGAGCCGACUUUUACCCAAGAUGUCGAGGAUGUAUACAACGGAUCCACUGAUGCCUAUCAGAACUUUUGCCUCCGCAUGGUGAUUGCCAUCAGCCUCCAAAGAAUGGACACACAAUACGCCGGUCUGGCGGAUAGUUACUAUCUUGCUGCGCUGAAGUACUUUGAGCAGGCGAUCAAGCCUAUGAACCUCAAAACCCUGCAAUGCUUUACGCUAAUCGCCGGCUACUCAUUGCUAACUCCGACCAGAACUGCAGUAUACUACAUAGUGGGUCUGGGCGUAAGGUUAUGUCAGGCUUUAGGGCUACACGAGGAGAAGACCAUCACCAUGGGCCUUGGUGGCAGGCCUGCCGACCCUCUCGAGGUUGACAUGCGCCGACGGGUGUUUUGGAGCAUCUUGACGAUGGAUUAUGGUCUUUCCCACAGUCUGGGUCGUCCGAGUCACUUUGCCACCAGGCGCGAACACAUUGAUGUAAAUUUCGGCGAACUUGUCGACGAUCCUUUUAUCACGAAAGAAGGCAUCCGACCAGCACCACAACCUUCGUUGAAGAAAUGGAUAGCAAUUCAUUUCUACAAGAUGCGACUGUUACAGCUGGAAAUGCGAAGGAAACUCUACCUCAGAAAGCGACCCGAACCCAAAGACGAUCAAGACCCCUGGUUUGUCGAAAUGCAGGCCAAAAUUGAAGCGUGGAGAGACACAAGUCCGGAGAUGGACGCUGGCUCAGGUCUCAACAAAGUCUGGUUCGUCGGAAGAUACAACACCAUGGUUUGUCUCUUAUACCGCCCUUGCCCCCAGAUUCCGCGUCCCACUGCACGCGCUGCGGUGCUGUGUUUUGAUGCCUGCGAGUACAAUAUCUACAUGACCCAAAAGCAGAUCCAAACACAGAGCGUAGAUAUAACGUGGAUCUUCACCCAAGCGAUCUUCAUGGCGGUGAAUGUCAUGCUUUGGAGUCUUUCGUACUCUGAAGUUCGUCGCAACCAUAGCCGAGAGGAAGUCGAAGGACAUUUGAGGGUUGCGCUUGAGUCAAUCGAGUUGGCUUCCAUACGAUGGCCGGGUGUUGCAUCUGCUCUUGGGCUCUACCAAAACCUUAUCGGCGCAUGUAUGAGGAUAUAUGACAAAGAUGGCGACAUUCCCAUCGCGGCCGGUUCGCCAUCCGACAGCGCAUCGGUUGUCUCAUCGAGCAUCGUCGAGGGCAUCAACAGGUCCCGCACAACAAGCCCGGCCUCAGCGUCGACCGCAUCAGUGAGAACGCCCUCCGAAAGUGUACCGCCUCCGUUCGGCUAUUUACCCACGAUCCAGAAUCAGAAUCCAGCCCAUUUCAACUUCAACAACUCUCCUCACGCGACAAGGUCAUCGCCGUCUCCAAGCGCCCGGCCUGCUUCAAGUCACACUUCACCCCAACAAGCACCCCCACAGCCUUACAUCGACACGCAUACAAAACCUGCGAUCGACAACAUGCCUACUUUCAGCUACCCACCCACUACCCAAUUCACACCUCUACCCACAACAUUCGCAGAGCUUCCGCAUUGGAACCCCACUUUUACUAUGGCACCGCAGGAGACAUUUGGCAUGAAUGGGAUGCAGCAGGCAAGUUCACCAAUCUACAACGAAAAUUACGCGGCACAUCAAGGUUACCCAAUGACCGAUUACUUGUAUCCACAAUGGAGUCAAGAGAGCGUUGGUCGAGGAAUGGGCUUGAAUCAAGAGCAACAGAUGCAGUUGAUGCAGGAUUUCGAAGCCAACGAAACUGGAAAGAUCGAGCAGAUGAUCCAGCAGAGCCAUCAACUAUUCCGACCGUACACGCAGGCGCCGUAUUGA